AUGGCUGAUCGAUAUGUGUACGAACCACUGCGACACGAGGACUCCAUCCGCCUGGUCGAAGUGGCUGGCAAUGCGGACACGGCUGCUCCUCUAUCAUGCCGGCUAGUCGAAGCGCGAUUGUCUGACGAACCUAGAUACUCAGCAAUUUCGUACACCUGGGAGGACCAGACACCGGAUCAAGAGAUCCAUGUUGACGGAAGGGUCCUGUUGAUCACGAAGAACUGUGAAGCAGCUUUACGACGCUUCCGGCCGGCUCUUGAGCAUGAGAAGGCCGUGCUUUGGAUAGAUCAGGUUUGCGUGUCGCAGAGCGAUGCUGCUGUAGAAGAGCGAAACCACCAGGUCGGCAUAAUGGGCAAGACCUACGCGGCAGCAGAGAUCGUGCUGACAUGGCUGCACCAUUCACGACUCCGCAUUGAGAGGUACGAGGAAUGUUUGUACGCGGCGACGUGGCUUGCCGGUUACGCAGAGCUCGCACAUAUCCAGGACUGCGAGGAGCGCGAUCGGAAGUUGAUCGCUUGGAUAGAGGAGAACAAUCCACUGUUCCUUGACGAGGCUUUGGACGAAUUCUAUUGGCAAACGCCGUGGUUCAAUCGCCUCUGGUGUGUGCAGGAAGUGGCCUUGAGUCAGCGAGCAGUUUUCGUAUGGGAAGACGUUAUGAUUGACCCCUGGGCACUGUCAGAGGCCAACGACCGUACACGCCAGAUUCUCAAAAGGCUUAACAAGAGUGAAACAACUGCGUAUCGAGUCACAUGGACGGUUAUAGGCCUUACGAAAGUGUACUUGGAAGCACGAGGCAACCUGAGUUGGACGCCGAGCCUGCUGGUAAAACUCGCUUCCAAGCCGGAAGACAACGCCUUCGCGCUUCACGGAUUACUGACUGCGGCCGGGGUCCCGCUGCCCGCCCCGGACUAUAGCAUGCCGCUCGCGGAAAUCUACUGGCACUACACGGUACAGAUCAUGAAGAGCGGAGGCCUCGGCUUGCUUGAGGGUCUGACAGGACUGGAACAGCUGUCAUCGGCGCCGUCGUGGGUGGCCAAUUGGAACUAUGCUGCUAACUACGUCAAAUUCAAGCCGGCACCACAGCGAGAAUUUCGUUACCACUACGACGUCCAGUUUGCGGAAAACGAUCGUCACUUGCUAGUGCGAGGAGUGUCCAACGACAUGGUAUCUCAACGAGCCAGAUUCCGCUCACUGGACCUGGUCGAUCCUGCUCGCGAGCUCACCAGUCUGUUGGAUGUCCCGUCAUUGGAAGAUUUCUGGAGAGAAGCCAUCGAGACGUCUAUCGAAUGCAGCGAAGCCCUGGUCCUGAUGUGGAACCUCAAGGCUCUCAAGUCUUUCGUCGGAUUGGCGCAGACGACCAAUAAAUUGACAGACCCGAGAAAAGAGGAAGACGCCGGCAGCGGGAGAGAGAUGUUUGAACUGCUCCGCACGUCGAGAGCGAUCGCUUCUGAAACCAUCGAUUUCCCAGCUUUUACUCGUCUCAUCUCCCACAUCCGAGGCCGGUCACUUAUUGCUCCAGACCACGAAGUGCCUCUCACCGGGUCCACCCUGGACGACCAAAUACUCGCUCUCUCGACCAACCCUAAGCACGCGGCAUGGCAGGAGCGAAUCGAGCUCCAGAUUUUACGCACCGUCCGAGCCCAUCCGACAAGCUGGGCCGCUUUCCUCGUCAUCACCCUGUCGUUUCGCUACCAGACCAUGUUUCGCACAGAGUCUGGAAAACUGGGGCUCGCUCCGCACUCGAUCGCUGCUGGGGACAGCGUCUUUAUGUGUCAAGGCUCCUGGGCACCUGCGAUUAUUCGAAGGGAAGGUGAGCACUAUCGUUGGGUGACUUCGAGGGCGUACAUCAUGGAUCGGAUGGAGUACGAUAUUUAUCCAGAAGACGACGACAAGCUGCAGUAUUACACUUUCGUAUAG